AUAUAAAAUCCAGAUAUAGAUGUGUGUAGAAAGAGCAAAUAAUAAAUGGCUUAUGUGGAACAGAGAGUGAAGUCAUUGUGAAGAAGUAACACCUUCCAACCCACAAACAGCAGCUCCUAUAUUCAUCUGUUACCUCUAUAGACUGACUCAUUUGUGAAAGAAGCUGCAAGAGAAACAGAGGAACCAUGAUCCCUUCUAGAGAGACACAAACAUCUUUAUUGCUGAUUCUGAUGCUUUACUUUACAGCUUCUUCUGAUGCAGAUCUGCGCUUGAUGGUCAGAGUCGGUGAUGAAGUUGCUUUGGCUUGUAGAAGUGAUUUCUAUAUCAGGGGUGGCUGUGAAACCAUAACCUGGUUGUUCACUUCUACGAACCCAACAGUAAAACUGUUUGAAACUGGACAGAUUCACCAAGAAGCAGCAGCUAAAUCAGACAGACUGAGUGUGACAGCAGACUGUUCUCUGGUUAUAAAGAAGGUCUCACUGGAAGAUGUUGGCCUUUACACCUGCAGAAAACAAGGAUCAGACUUUAAUAUCAGUCUGUCUGUUAUUCACAUUCUACAAUAUCUGCAUUUGAAAGCCAGAGUUGGUGAUGAAGUCACUUUGCCUUGUGAAAAUAUUAACCAUGACUGUAAAACCAUCACCUGGUUGUUCACUUCUAAGAGCCAAACAGUAAAACUGUUUGAAACUGGAAAGAUUCACCAAGAUGCAGCAGCUAAAUCAGACAGACUAAGUCUUACAGCAGACUGUUCUCUGGUUAUAAAGAAGGUCUCACUGGAGGAUGCUGGUAUUUAUGCCUGCAGACAGUUUAUAAAUGGACAACCAGGUUCAACAGGAUCUGUAUUUGACAGCCAGAGUUGGUGA